UCAACAAUCGACCUAUCAUAGAUGUUUUGUAAAUUUUGGAGUCGUGUAUGGUGGGAAGGAGCAUAAACAAGAAUUGAAAACGAGAAACUUUCUUUCGUGCAGUGAAAACAAACAUCAUGGUGUUGUUGCGGAAAUCUACGGAUGGAAAUUAAAUGAAAAAAUGAUAUCAAGAUUAGCCUGCUGUCGGAGUGAAAAGCCGAACAAGACAUUUAAACUUCUUAGAUAACAAUAAGAAGAUGUAUUUCAUUAGGUAGCCGUUCUCGUCGACGAAAAGUUCGAAUUAACCGACAUGUGGUUGAAAGUGAGGUUACGGCAAAAAAAGACUUUGUUAAUUAAUUUUUUGAAAUGGAAAAAAUUAUUAAUCCUCAUAUGCUUCCUACUUAAAAUUCAUUUAAGUGAACCUAUUUUAUUUUCAUUCUGUAACGAAACCGAGUCGACUUCCUCGACCGUUCUACGUGUAGACUUUUCAACUCAGGUUGUAAAAAAUGAAUAUAUUGUGACUUUUAAUGGAUAUUAUACACCUGAGGCUCGUCACAAAUUCAUCUCGGCAGCUUUGAAAAAUUCAGAUGUUUUAUUUUGGAAAAUUAUACCUAGAAACAACGUAGCAAAUGUAUAUCCAAGUGAUUUUGAUUUAAUACAGUUAAACAGCACAAGUACAUCAAAUGGAAUUGAAGCCCUCAAAUCGCAUCCUUGUAUAAAACAAGUUUCACCUCAACAUAUAAUAAAUCGAAUGCUCAAUUUUGUAAUUGAAAAUAACUCUUUUAAUGAAGAUUUUGACUGUGAUGAAACAUAUAAUGGAUUGCAUUUUGGUGAAGAUACCUGGUAUUCCUCAAGAUCGUUUCGAAAGCAAAACAGAUAUUCAUUAGGAAUGGACAUUUGGCAAAGGGCGAAAAGGCAUUUGAGUAGAAAACUGUUACGUGCCGCUCCCCGUCAGAUCACUCACAUUUUACAAGCUGACGCUCUCUGGACCAUGGGCAUCACAGGAACGGGCGUAAAAGUGGCCGUAUUUGAUACCGGACUCGCUAAAAGUCAUCCGCACUUCAAGAAAAUAAAAGAAAGAACUAAUUGGACGAAUGAAAAAACUCUGGAUGAUGGAUUAGGCCACGGGACGUUUGUAGCUGGAGUGAUAGCAAGUAAUAAGGAAUGUGUUGGAUUUGCACCGGAUGCCGAACUUCACAUAUACAGAGUGUUCACUAAUAAUCAGGUUUCAUACACGUCAUGGUUUCUGGAUGCUUUUAAUUAUGCAAUAUUGAAAAAGAUAAAUGUUUUAAAUCUCAGUAUUGGAGGACCUGAUUUCAUGGAUCAUCCAUUUGUUGAUAAGGUUUGGGAGUUAACAGCCAAUAACGUCAUAAUGGUUUCUGCUAUUGGAAAUGAUGGACCACUUUAUGGAACGUUGAAUAAUCCUGCUGACCAAAUGGAUGUAAUAGGUGUUGGAGGAAUAAAUUUUGAGGAUCAGAUUGCAAGAUUUUCCUCUCGUGGCAUGACAACAUGGGAACUUCCUGGAGGUUACGGUCGAGUCAAACCAGAUAUUGUAACAUACGGAUCGGCAGUUCGUGGAUCAAGUAUAAAAGGAGGUUGCCGUUCACUUUCCGGUACAAGUGUGGCUUCUCCUGUUGUCGCUGGAGCUAUAACCCUUCUUAUGAGCGGAGUUCUUCAGUUGGGAAAUGCCAUCAACCCCGCAAGUAUGAAACAGGCUCUCAUGGCUUCGGCACGGCGACUUCCGGGAGUUCCCAUAUUCGAACAGGGAUGGGGCAAGUUAGAUCUUCUGCGUGCGUAUCAGGCACUACGCAGUUACCGUCCUCAGGCUACCUUAAGCCCUAGUUAUUUAGAUCUCACCGAAUGUCCAUACAUGUGGCCUUAUUGUACUCAACCUUUAUAUUAUGGUGCUCUUCCUACCAUUGUAAAUGUAACUAUUUUAAAUGGAAUGGGAGUAUCAGGAAAAAUAAUUGGAAAGCCAUUAUGGCAUCCUUACACGCCUCAGUUCGGACACUAUUUAAAAAUUGCAUUUAGUUACUCGGAAGUGUUAUGGCCUUGGUCCGGGUAUUUGGCGGUACAUCUUUCGGCGGUGGAAUCGGCCAUUCACUGGGAAGGUAUUGCUCAAGGUCAUAUAUCGUUAACGGUAGAAUCGCCACCUCAGGAUGGCGAAGUGGAAUCGCAUCAAUCAUCAAUAAAACUGCCCGUAAGGGUAAAAAUUAUACCCACUCCUCCAAGAAGGUAUAAUAAUUUAACUACUUACAAACACGGAGUCUUGCUUAUUGUCGAUAGCGAAGAAGAAUAUUUUCCGGAAGAAGUAGCAAAGUUAAAGAGAGAUAUUGAUUCUGGUUUGUCAUUGAUAGUAUUUGCUGAUUGGUACAAUGUUUCAGUCAUGAGAAAAGUGAAGUUUUAUGAUGAAAACACUAGGCAAUGGUGGAUGCCAGACACUGGUGGUGCUAAUAUACCAGCAUUAAAUGAUUUAUUGGCUCCUUGGGGAAUGGCUUUUGGAGAUGAAGUUUACGAAGGUGAUUUCACUUUAGGAAAUCACGAAAUGUAUUAUGCUUCAGGAACAUCAAUUGCCAGGUUUCCUGAAAAUGGAUUAGUCAUAAAGAGAAGUCUGAACAAUCAAGGUAUCGAAGUACUUAAAGGACAAGCCGAGAAAGUGGACGGCGUGGCCAUAUUAGGAUUAUAUCAAGCCAAACCAAUUGAAACUGCAGGAAGAAUUGCUAUAUAUGGAGACUCCAAUUGUUUAGAUACUGCUCAUAUGCAAAAAGAAUGUUUUUGGCUGCUCGAAGCAUUGAUGCAAUAUGCCACUACCAAUCACAUGUCGCCCAUGUUUAAGGACUUGAAAUCCGAGAACAUUUUAUCAUUCAAAGAACUGCCUCAGCGAAUGGAUGGUAAUCACCUGUAUCGAUAUUCCAAGGUCUUAGAAGAUCACAUGGGAACGGGUCAGACUCGUCCUCUGCCUACUUGCAUAAGGUUAAAGUGGGCCACUCCCUAUCCACUCAAUAAAUCUGCACCAAGUUCUUUGUACAAAGCUCAAAAGCUGCUUUCUGUGGGAUUGGACGUCCCUCUGCCUUUCAAGCCCGGAGGUCCCGUGGAUCCGAUGUUGGCCAAGUUCCCGUGGGACAACACCCAAACCGUUCCAAUUAUACGAGACGAGAGUCGGGACGUGAAGAAUGACGAAAGGUAUCCUCGGGGGGACGAACCGAUGACUUUUAGAAGAAACCGCGGGAGCGUGCAGGAGGAAAACUUAGAUAAUCCCUUUGUCCAUUGGGAAAACGACGAUUUAGAUGGCCAGCAAAUCGGCGAAGACGUUAAUUUCUUGGCCAAGUUCACUCGUAUCGAAGUUCAUCGUACUAUCGUUAACGAACGCUCGACCAUUUUACGUACAGACACGCACGUCAAUUCCGAGGAAUCGCCAGAUAUCGUUGGCACUCGUCGUGGGCACGAACCGGAAGAUGGUUCAUACUUCCAUGCUGGCAAAGUAGAGGAUUCGAGCUUUAACGACGCAGAAAGCGAGGAUCGAAGGUUCGAUAAUCCCAACGAAUUUCACGUGAACGUGGAAGUUAACGUGCAAAUCGUGAAUCCCGAAUCGACGUCGCGCUCAAUGCGCGACGAGUUGUAAAUAUGGUUACAAGGUUCGCGAUUGCAGGCGAAUCUCUGGUUCGUCCGUUUUUUUUUUUUGCAAGUUUGUUGCCGUUCGUAACGGCUACUUAACGGACUAAAAAUAUUUUCUUACGUGUUAUUUUUAACAUUUUUAAAUAACUCGUAAUUUAAAGAAAAAAGUGCUAAGUAACCAUCGUAAAACUCGGUUAACAUCAAGGUCGCAUUUAUUUAUUGUAGAUUUCUACAUUCUCCAAAUGCAAUUAACUGCCAAUUUGUACAGAAAAUCGUUAAUAAAUCUUUCCAAAUCUC